AUGCCGAUCUCCGAGACCGAGAGGGAUGAAGAGCUCGAGUUGGAGCGGAUCAAUACCUACCGUCUGCAGCAGCAUGAGACCAUCGGGUCGAGCAAAGGGCGUGUUCCGCGGGAGCAGUGGUUGCCUUUGGGCGCGGGGAAGCCCUACCCCCCUGACUUGCCGAAUGUAGAAGCGUAUAUAGUCGAGUUCGAGGGCUCGGACGACCCCAUGCAUCCCCAGAACUGGCCGAUGAAGAAGCGAGUGUUUCUAGGGUCCAUCCUUACGUUUGCCGCCCUGGUGGUAGCUUAUGGCAGCUCGAUCUUCGCUACUUCGGCGCACGGCGCGAUGGCCGAGUUUGGCUUCGGGACUGAAGUCGCUGCCCUUGGGACCACUCUGUACGUACUUGGAUUUGCGGCAGGGCCGACGAUUUGGGCGCCAAUGUCUGAGCUCAUCGGUCGACGGUGGCCGUUGCUCAUUGGAAUGCUCGGCUUCGAUAUCUUCAUAAUAGCUACCGCCACGGCAAAAGAUACACAGACAAUCAUGCUUACACGGUUCUUCUCUGGACUCUUCGCUGCGAGUCUGAUUGCACUCGUACCGGCUAGUCUGUCUGAUCUGUUUGCCAGCAAUCACCGUGGAAUUGCAAUCUCCGUGUACACCAUGUCGGUCUUCUUAGGCCCGUACACGGCACCCUUUAUUGGCGGCUAUACAGCAGACAGCUACCUAGGCUGGAGAUGGACGCUCUACCUUCCCGCGAUAGUCGGGUUCUUUGGCCUAGCACUGCUGGUUGUAUUCGCGAAGGAAACAUACGCCCCUAUCAUCCUAGUCAAGAAGGCCGCCAUUCUGCGCCGCCAGACCCGGAACUGGGGUAUCCAUGCUCGCCAGGAGGAGUUGGAAAUCGAUGUCAAGGAACUGGUGACGAAGAACUUUGCGCGCCCGUUCAAGAUCCUCUUUACUGAACCUAUUGCUUUCCUCAUGACGCUGUACAUGUCCUUCCUUUACGGGCUGUGCUAUGCGCUAUUAACGGCAUACCCGAUUGUCUUCCAGGACGUUCAUGGCAUGUCGCUUGGAGUUAGCGGGCUGCCUUUCAUUGGCCUGAUUAUUGGUCUAAUAGGCGGAGCGGCGUUUGUUCUCUCCUUCUAUAACUCGUAUACCAGGAAGCUGGAAGCGAAUCAUGGAAUCCCGGUUCCAGAAUGGAGGUUGCCGCCGUGUAUUGCUGGUGGUGUUGCCUUUGCAGGAGGAUUAUUCUGGUUUGGCUGGACUGGGUUUAGUCCUUCUAUCCACUGGAUGGCGCCGACUGCCUCUGGAGUGUUCGUUGGCUUUGGCUUGACUUCAAUCUUCAUGCAGGGGUUUAACUAUAUACUUGAUUCGUAUUUGAACUUCGCCGCUUCUGCCUUUGCAGCAAACACGAUGAUGCGGUCUCUGGUCGGUGCCUGCUUUCCGCUUUUCACGCGCCAGAUGUUUAAGAAUCUUGGUAUCCAAUGGGCGGGGACGCUUCUGGGCUGUGUUGCUGUUCUUAUGAUUCCUAUCCCGGUCUUGUUUUUGAGGUAUGGAGCACGGUUGAGGAAGAUGAGCAAGUUAGCGCCGAAUGUAGAGAAGCAGGCUUGA